AUGUCGGACACGGAGACAUUCAGAGGGGCCUUUCACCUACUCCCAUGCCCAUCAUCCCUGCCCACCCUUUUCCUCUCAGACGCACUCCUCUUUCCCGCCUUUUCUAGAAUCGUGACACUUUAUCCCAAAUCCACCAGGGGGAGCCCUCCGCCACGGGAAGGGAACUCCCGGCGCUUCCCCAUUGGCUCUAUGAAGGGCGAAAGUCACAGCUGUUUUUGUAGGAGAGGCUGGGAAGGAACAAAUGCUCGCCGUUCUAGGAUGCCGCACUCGCUCGCCUUAACCCCCGGGGCUCCACAGAACUCGGGGAGUUGCUGCGGGAGAGUCUUGCUGGGGGAGAUACGCACUUGCUCCGGGGAUGAAUCCUGCGGCCCCAGAAAUGGUCCUUUGAAGAAAAAAGCAUCUGGAGAUCCACAAGAGUCCUUGGACCCAUUUGGAUUUGCUCUGCAGAAGAGAGAAAGGAUGGAGACACAACCUUUUGCAAAGGAGGGGAAUGGAAAAGGCCCUUCAACUGUUCAGCCUGGGAAGGGUGGUGAGAUCUUGACAAGACCUGGGCAGAAGAUCCUGGAAGAGGAAACCAUCCUCCCUUCAGAAGUCCAGCCCUGGAACUUGAUCCAAUACCAGGAGGCUGAGGGCCCCCGAGGACUUUGCAGCCGACUCCAUUACUUUUGUAGGCGAUGGCUGAGACCAGAAAAGUACACCAAAGCUCAGAUGCUGGAUCUGGUUGUUCUGGAGCAGCUCCUGUUCCUUCUGCCCCCAGAGAUGGAGGGUUGGGUGAGGGAGUGUGGAGCAGAGACCAGUUCCCAGGCUGUGGUCCUGGCGGAAGGCUUCCUCCUGAGCCAGGCGGACGACCAGAAGGAGCAGGUCAAGUUGCAGUGCUGCACUGUGGAGAUCAGAGAUCCUGAGGGAAAGAAGAAUCCAUCAAAUCCCCCUCAGGAGCUAUUUUUCAGGAGGAUCCCUUGCGAAGAUCCAUGUCGAGACACCACUGAAG